AUGCCGUCUUCACUCAGGCUUUUAUUUGCUACUCUUCUGGUAUAUUAUUCUCCAACUAAUCCCAAAAUGUUAUGGGAAAAGUUUCAACCAGAUUUCUCUAGGGAUUAUGAAAGACAUCAGCAAUAUCAUCGAUGCUCUUCUGACGAAAUUAGUAGACUUGUUCUAAUUGAUACUAACAGAUUACUUGAGCAGAUGGGUAAAAAUAUUACUGACUACCAAUUGGUGCCACGUGAUCUCAUGAAUGCAUAUAGCACAUGCCUGACGAAGGGGGUUGAGUAUGACAGAAACAUCAACAUAUCGCCAGAGGAUAUAUUGCUAUCUUCCAAAUUAAAUUCUCAGCAGAAAUGUGCUUAUGAUUUAAUCCUGCAAGCAUGUUUCUCUUUGCAUGGCCAUUCUUUCUUUAUUGAUGGCCCAGGGGGUACCGGUAAAACAUUUUUGUAUCCGUCGCUCCUUGCUACUUUGAGAUUACGAGGUCAUAUCGCCAUUGUAGUAACGAUAUCUGGAAUUGCAGUAUCUAUCCUACCUGGAGGAAGAACUGCACAUUCAAGAUUUAAAAUACCCCUUGAUUUUUCAAAGAGCAAGACUUGCCAACUUAGCAAGCAAGGUAGCGUUGCAAAGUUGCUCUCUGAAUCCAAAUUGAUCCUGCGGGAUGAGGUUUCAAUGGCCAGACGAGAAACUGUUGAAGCAUUUGAUGAUUUACUUAGAGAUACUAUGGAAUCUAACCUAUCUUUUGGAGGCAAAGUUGUUGUCUUUGGUGGGGAUUCUCGACAAACACUGCCUGUAAUUGAGCAGUCAACAAAAGAAGUCCUUUUGCAGUCAUACUUUCUUAAUUCUCCAUUAUGGCCUCGGCUUCAUAAACUAAAGCUGACUGUGGGCGAGGGAAAGGAACCUAUUGACUUGAAUGGUGAGAUAACUUUGUCCAGAGAUUUAGUCAUUCCUUAUUACGAUAAAGAGGAGUCUCUAAACAGGUGUAUUCUUGCUCUUAAAAAUAGUUCAGUUGAUGAGCUAAAUGAUAUACUGAUUAGGAGAUUUCCUGGAAAGCUUUAUACUUACACUAGCAUAGACAAAACUAUUGAUCAGCGGCACCAAGGUGAUUAUGAGGAUUUUCUUAAUUCUCAAAAUCCAAAAGGACUUCCUCCUCACAAGAUGGCUAACAUGUUAUCAAUCAGAAAUAUGGUUCCUGAUAUGAAAAAUUGGUGUUGUCUUGUAACUGUUCAAGAAAAGCAGCAAGUUACUGAUUCAAUGGGAACGUCGACCAAGAAACAAAAAUUGAUCUUCUAUGACUCGGAGGGUUCUAAAGUAGAAGCCAUCAUUUUCAAUGCUGACAUUCCUAAGAUGAGUCCUAUUCUUCAAGUUUAUAGAAAGUAUAGGAUCUCAAAUGCUGAUGUUAGAAGUAUUCCACCAAAAUUUCAGACAUCUGAGUUGACUAUGCAAUGGGUGAUCACUGCUAGGACUAUUAUUGAAGAAGUUAGCAGGGAAGAAGACAUUAUGCAUGUUAAAUUUGGCUUCACAAAGUUUGCAGAUUUAGCUCAAUACAUGGGUGAUAAAAGCAAGUCUGUGGACGUUCUGGGAGUUGUAAUUAGUUCAUUGGAGAAGAAAACGAUAACUAGGAACUCCAAACAAUCAAAUGUUCAGAAAUUUGUCCUCUUUAAUAAAGAGUAG